UGUUUUCCUCUCCUUUCUGCAAAGCUGCAAAAGCUCUGCUUUAAAAACUGCUGCCCCAGAGUGCAGUUGCUUAGCUGUCCUGUCAGCAUUGUUCUAAUGCUCAUUCCAUAUGUAUGUCACAUAGGAGCAGUACCCUCCUCCUCUCCCUUCCCCCAUCCAUGCAUUUGAUUCUUUUUCCCUAAAGAUUGAAAUUUUUUUCUUAUUUUUCCCAAGGAGCUUGCAAACAGGGAAAUUCAAACUGAAUGCUUCUCUGUUGUGGUUACUUCUACAACCAAGACCACAUUUCUCUUAGAAAAAGUGUUUGCUCUGUUCCUUCUUUUCCCCACUCCCUCUUUUUCUUCCCUAUAAGCACAAAAGCUUUAAAAACUAAGAUCUAUAGUUCUUUUUGCUUUUUCUUUUGCGUUACCGUGACAGCAUGUAUCUCUGUUGCUGAAGAAUGAAGCAGGCAGGCUGGAGGUUUUUUAUGUUCAGUGCUUUUGGGACCACUAAAAAGAAGUCCGCUGAGAAAUACGUACAGCAACUGUGCCAACUGAGUUUCUCAUCACUGUUAUCUGUCACUUAUUCUGACUAAAAGGGUGAAAGAAUGAUGUGAUGGAGGUGAAUAUGGGCCGCUGGUCAGGCUCACGGCUACCUCCGUCAUGCCUUGCCCUUCUGAUUGUCAAGUUCCUGGCCUCCAUUUGCCAGAUAGUUCACGGGACUGCCCCGCUUGGCUUUCACUUCACACAUUCCACUUACAAUGCUACAGUGUAUGAGAAUUCUGCAGCCAGGACCUAUGUCAACAGUCAGACGAGGAUGGGCAUUACCUUGGCUGACCUUUCAUGGGAUAUCAAGUACAGGAUAGUGUCUGGUGAUGAUGAGGGUUUUUUUAAAGCAGAGGAAGUCGUCAUUGCUGACUUUUGCUUCCUCAGAAUAAGGACUAAAGGUGGGAAUUCUGCUAUAUUGAACAGAGAAAUCCAGGACAACUAUUUAUUGAUGGUAAAAGGGUCUGUCAGAGGAGAGGACUUGGAAGCAUGGACAAAAGUGAACAUCCAGGUUUUGGAUAUGAAUGACCUGCGACCUUUGUUUUCACCAACUACUUACUCCGUCACGAUAGCAGAAAGCACUCCUUUAAGGACUAGCAUUGCACAGGUGACCGCAACAGAUGCGGAUAUUGGGUCCAAUGGUGAAUUUUAUUAUUACUUCAAAAAUAAAGUUGAUCUCUUCUCAGUUCAUCCUACAAGUGGUGUUAUCUCUUUAAGUGGCCGGUUAAACUACGAUGAGAAAAACAGGUACGAUCUUGAGAUUUUGGCAGUGGACCGUGGGAUGAAGCUUUAUGGAAACAAUGGUGUAAGCAGCACUGCCAAGCUUUAUGUUCACAUUGAACGCAUCAAUGAACAUGCCCCAACAAUAAAUGUAGUAACCCAUAUUCCCUUCCCAUCAGACAAGGAACCUACCUAUGCAGUUGUUAACAUUGAUGACCUAGAUGAAGGAGCCAAUGGAGAAAUAGAAUCUGUUUCUAUUGUGGCUGGAGAUCCACUAGAACAGUUCUUUCUGACUAAAGAAGGUAAAUGGAUGAAUGAGUACAAAAUCAAAGAAAGAAAGCCUAUUGAUUGGGACAGCUUCCCAUACGGUUACAACCUGACUCUCCAAGCAAAGGACAAAGGAUCUCCUCAAAAAUUUUCAGCGGUCAAACUGGUCCACAUUGCUAGUCCCAAGAAAGAAAGUAUCCCCAUGAAGUUUGAAAAGGAAGCAUAUGAUGUUCUGAUCAGUGAAUUUUCACCUCCUGGAGUGGUGGUUGCAGUAGUUAAGCUGGUGCCUGAGCCACAGAGUGUGGAAUACAGAAUAUUUCCAAGUGAAGAAGCUGAGUAUUUUAAGAUCAAUCCCAAGACAGGCCUUAUUACUACUGCUCGCCCUUUGAAAAUCAUUGAGAAGGACCUCUAUGAAUUAGAAGUAUAUACAAACAAAGGUGGUGAUUUAAAAGCACGGGUUACUGUCAGAUUAGAAGAUGCCAAUGAUCACACUCCAGAGUUCCAGCAGCUCUCGUACAGCUCAUUCGUCAAUGAAAGUGUCCCUGUGGGAUCUACUGUUUUGGCAGUUUCAGCAGUUGAUAAAGACAGGGGAGAAAAUGGAUACAUAACAUACAGUAUUGCCAGUCUGAACUCACUACCUUUUACAAUAAACCAGUUUACAGGUGUCAUCAGCACAUCUGAAGAACUGGAUUUUGAGUCUUCACCAGAAAGCUACAGGUUCAUUGUGAGAGCUUCCGACUGGGGUUCUCCCUACCGCCAUGAAAGUGAGGUGAAUGUCACCAUAUACAUAGGCAAUGUCAAUGAUAACAAACCCCUCUUUGAAAAAGUGGCCUGUCAGGGAGUGAUUUCUUCUGAUUUUCCUGUUGGUGGUCACAUCACUGCUGUUUCUGCAAUAGACAUAGAUGAGUUAGAGCUGGUGAAGUACAAAAUAAUCUCUGGAAAUGAACUCGGCAUUUUUUAUUUAAAUCCUGACUCUGGUGUCCUGCAACUUAAAAAAUCUCUAAUUAAUUCUGGCAUAAAGAACAGCAAUUUUGGUCUUAAGAUAACUGCAACCGAUGGAGAGAACUUUGCUGAUGCUAUGUUUGUUAAUAUUUCAGUAGUUCAUGGCAAAGUGUCUUCAAAGACCUUUAGCUGUAGAGAAACUAGAGUUGCUCAGAAGCUAGCAGAAAAAUUACUCAAAAAGGCAAAAGCAAAUGUGAAGCUGAAUUUGGAGGAUGGUUUUCUCGAUUUUUAUUCGGUAAACAGGCAGGCACCACAUUUUGACAAAUCCUUCCCUACUGAUGUAAAGGUUUCAGAGGAUCUGCCAGUUGGUGCCACCAUCCUGAGGAUAAAAGCCUACGAUGCAGACUCAGGCUUCAAUGGAAGAGUACUUUAUACAAUUUCUGAUGGUAAUGAGGAUAGUUGUUUCAACAUUGACAUGGAGAUGGGAAUACUUAAUGUUCUCAUGCCCUUGGACCGUGAAAAAACAGAGCUCUAUCAUCUUAAUAUUACAAUUUAUGAUUUAGGAAAUCCACAAAAGUCUGCUUGGAGACUGUUGACUGUCACCGUGGAGGAUGCAAAUGAUAACAAGCCUGUUUUUUUACAGGACAGUUACUCAGUUAAUAUUUUAGAAAGUACAAGUCUUGGUACAGAGAUUAUCCAGGUAGAAGCCAGGGAUAAAGACCUAGGAUCUAAUGGUGAAGUAACUUACUCAGUACUGACAGACACCCAGCAGUUUGCUAUCAACAGUUCCACAGGAAUGGUGUAUGUGGCAGAUCAGCUAGACCGGGAAACAAAAGCAAACUACACACUGAAGAUUGAGGCUAGGGACAAAGCAGAGAGCGGCCGUCAGCAGUUUUCCGUUGUACCUCUGAAGGUUUUUUUGGAUGAUGUUAACGAUUGCUCUCCGGCCUUUAUACCAUCUAGCUACAACGUGAAGGUCCUUGAGGACCUGCCAGUUGGUACUGUCAUAGCUUGGUUGGAAACUCACGAUCCAGACCUGGGCUUGGGAGGCCAAGUCCGUUACUCGCUGGUGAACGAUUACAAUGGGAGGUUUGAGAUAGACAAAGUGAGUGGCGCCAUCCGCUUGAACAAAGAGCUCGAUUAUGAGAAGCAACAGUUCUACAACCUGACCGUCCGUGCAAAGGACAAGGGGCGCCCGGUUUCUCUCUCUUCUGUUUCUUUUGUGGAAGUUGAAGUGGUGGAUGUUAACGAAAAUCUUUAUACCCCAUAUUUUCCUGAAUUUGCUGUCGUCGGAUCUGUAAAGGAAAACUCCCGCAUUGGUACAAGUGUUUUGCAAGUUGUUGCUCGAGAUGAGGACUCUGGAAGAGAUGGAGAGAUCCAGUAUUCCAUUAGGGAUGGCAGUGGCCUGGGGAGAUUCAGCAUAGAUGAAGAAACUGGAGUUAUCUACACAGCAGAUAUUCUUGACCGGGAGACAACCAAAUCCUACUGGUUGACAGUGUAUGCGACUGAUCAUGGUGUUGUCCCACUCUACACUACCAUUGAAGUCUACACUGAAGUGGAGGACGUGAAUGACAAUGCCCCUCUCACCUCUGAGCCUAUCUAUUACCCAGUCGUCAUGGAAAACUCCCCAAAGGAUGUAUCUGUCAUUCAGAUCCAAGCCCAGGACCCUGACUCCAGCACUGAUGAAAAACUGACUUACCGGAUUACAAGUGGAAAUCCCCAGAACUUCUUUGUGAUCAAUCCCAAAACAGGUCUGAUUACAACAACAUCAAGAAAAUUGGAUCGAGAACAGCAAGCAGAACAUUUUUUGGAGGUAACUGUCUCAGAUGGGGGCACAUCUCCCAGGCAGUCCUCCGUUUGGGUGGUGGUCCAGGUUCUGGAUGAGAAUGAUAACAAACCACAGUUUCCAGAGAAAGUCUAUCAGGUCAAGCUGCCAGAGCGGGACCGUAAGAAAAGAGGGGAGCCAAUCUACAGAGCUUUUGCUUUUGACAAAGACGAAGGCCCUAAUGCAGAAAUCUCAUACAGCAUUGUGGAUGGAAAUGAUGAUGGGAAGUUCUUUAUUGAUCCCAAAACAGGGAUGGUUUCUUCCAGAAAGCAGUUCACAGCAGGGAGUUAUGACAUCUUAACAAUAAAAGCAGUGGACAAUGGCCGGCCCCAAAAAUCUUCAACUGCUCGUCUCCAUAUUGAGUGGAUAAAAAAACCUGCGCCCUCACCCAUGCCCCUGACUUUUGAUGAACCCUUUUACAACUUCACCAUCAUGGAAAGUGAUAAAGUGACAGAGAUUGUCGGGGUGGUCUCAGUGCAGCCAUCUAACAUCCCUCUCUGGUUUGAUAUUGUCGGUGGCAAGCAUGCUCGAGAGAUGUUCUAUAUUCUACAGACAGCUUGUGGGCAGAACUGUUCAACAGAAGGAGGGAAUUACGAUAGUUCUUUCGACGCGGAGAAGGGAGCAGGCACUAUUGUCAUUGCAAAGCCCUUGGAUGCAGAACAGAGGUCAAUGUAUAAUAUGACUGUGGAGGUCACCGAUGGAACAAACAUUGCCACAACUCAGGUUCUUAUCAAAGUGUUGGAUAACAAUGAUAAUGGCCCAGAAUUCUCUCAGCCAAGCUACGAUGUCACCAUUUCGGAGGACAUCCUCCCUGACACUGAAAUUCUGCAAAUUGAAGCUAUAGACAGAGAUGAGAAGCAUAAGCUGAGCUACACUAUUCACAGCAGCAUUGAUACAGUCAGCAUGAGAAAAUUCAGAAUUGAUGCCAGCACUGGGGUGCUCUAUACGGCCGAGAGAUUAGACCAUGAAGCUCAAGAUAAGCACAUCCUUAAUGUCAUGGUCCGAGAUCAAGAAUUCCCCUAUAGAAGAAACCUGGCCAGAGUGGUUAUAAAUGUGGAAGACUCCAAUGACCAUAGUCCAUACUUUACCAGUCCACUGUAUGAAGCCUCAGUGUUCGAAUCAGCAGCAGUUGGAUCAGCAGUCUUGCAGGUCACAGCUUUGGACAAAGACAAAGGAGAAAAUGCAGAGCUUAUCUACACUAUUGAAGCAGGAAAUACAGGAAACACAUUCAAGAUUGAACCAGUUUUAGGCAUCAUUACAUUACUCAAGGAACCAGACUUAACCACAAUGGGACAGUUUGUUUUGUCAGUCAAAGUGACUGAUCAAGGUUCUCCAGCGCUGUCUGCAACAGCAAUCGUACGGAUAUCUGUGACGAUGGCAGAUAACUCUCACCCUAAAUUCACUCUAAAAGAAUACCAAGCGGAGGUUAAUGAAAAUGUGGAUGUUGGUACUUCUGUCAUCUCUCUCUCUGCAAUCAGUCAGUCCACGUUAGUUUAUGAGGUUAAAGAUGGCAAUGUUGAUGGAGCCUUCACCAUAAACCCGUAUUCCGGAGUGAUCACCAGUCAAAAGGCCCUUGAUUAUGAACGUGCUUCCUCCUAUCAGCUCAUUGUACAAGCAACAAAUAUGGCAGGCAUGGCAUCAAAUGCCACAGUGAACAUUCAAAUUGUUGAUGAAAAUGAUAACCCACCAGUUUUUCUCUUCUCUCAGUACUCGGGCAGCAUAAGUGAAGCUGCUCCUGUAAACAGCAUAGUCCGGAGUGCGAAUAACAGUCCCCUCGUGAUACGUGCCACUGAUGCUGAUAGCAACCAGAAUGCUUUGCUUGUCUACCAGAUUGUUGAAUCUACUGCAAAAAAGUAUUUCACGGUAGAUUCCAGCACAGGUGCAAUCAGAACAAUUGCAAAUUUAGAUCAUGAAACAAUAGCCCAUUUCCAUUUCCACGUUCAUGUUAGAGACAGUGGGAAUCCCCAGCUUACAGCAGAGAGCCCAGUUGAAGUGACCGUUGAGGUAACUGAUGUCAAUGACAACCCACCAGUCUUCAGCCAGGCCGUAUUUGAGACAGUCUUGCUCCUACCCACAUAUAUUGGUGUUGAGGUUCUCAAAGUCAAGGCUACAGACCCAGAUUCGGAGAUCCCUCCUGAACUAACAUUUAGUAUAAUUGAAGGCAAUAUGGACCAUUUUUUAAUUGAUUCAAGCACAGGGGUACUCACCAUUAAAAACAGUAGUCUCUCCAAAGACCAUUAUAUGCUAAUAGUAAGAGUAUCAGAUGGGAAAUUUUAUAGCACUGCUAUGGUGACAAUAAUGGUAAAAGAAGCCAUGGAUAGUGGACUCCAUUUCACACAAAAUGUUUAUUCCACUUCUAUCUCAGAAAACAGCACCAAUAUCACAAAGAUCGCUGUGGUAAAUGCUGUUGGUAACCGCCUCAAUGAGCCUUUGAAAUACAGCAUAUUAAACCCAGGAAACAAAUUUAAAAUCAAAUCCACCUCAGGAGUCAUUCAGACAACUGGCAUCCCCUUUGACCGAGAGGAACAGGAACUGUAUGAGCUGGUGGUGGAAGCAAGUCGUGAAUUAGAUCACCUUCGUGUCGCUCGAGUAGUGGUGAGAGUUUACAUUGAGGACAUAAAUGACAACGCCCCGGUGUUCGUAGGACUUCCAUACUAUGCUGCUGUGCAAGUUGAUGCUGAACCUGGUACCCUGAUAUAUCGAGUGACAGCUAUUGAUAAAGACAAGGGUGAAAAUGGUGACGUGUCAUACCUUCUGAAGGAAGACUACGGACAUUUUGAAAUUGAUAGAGGAUCUGGUAGCGUCACUUUAAAAGAAGCCUUCAAUUCUGAUUUGUCUAAUAUAGAGUACUUGGUUGUCAUUCUUGCAAAAGACGGUGGUAACCCAUCAUUGUCUGCAUCGGUAGAGCUCCCCAUUACUAUUGUUAACAAAGCAAUGCCUGUAUUUGACAAACCCUUCUAUACAGCUUCCGUGAAUGAAGAUGUAGAAAUGCACACACCAAUUUUAAGCAUAAAUGCAACCAGUCCAGAAGGCCAGGGUAUCAUUUAUAUCAUUGUCGAUGGAGAUCCCUAUAACCAGUUUAAUAUCGACUUUGAUACUGGAGUUCUGAGUGUCAUCAGCCCACUGGACUAUGAAAUAAAUUCUCUUUUCAAGCUAAUGGUGCGAGCCAGUGAUGCCCUCACUGGUGCUCGAGCUGAGGUCACUGUGGAUUUGAUCAUUAAUGAUGUUAAUGAUAAUCCUCCAGUUUUUGAUCAGUCGGCUUAUAAUGCUACUUUGUCUGAAGCUUCUUUGAUUGGGACUCCUGUACUGCAGGUUGUUGCUACUGACGCCGACUCUGACAAUAACAAGAUUGUACAGUAUCAGAUAGUCCAGGACACCUUUAACAGCACUGACUAUUUCCAUAUAGACAGCAGCAGUGGCCUAAUUUUGACAGCCCGGAUGCUGGAUCAUGAACUCAUACAGCAGUGCAGCUUGAAAGUCAGAGCAACUGAUAAUGGGUUCCCACCACUAAGCAGUGAGGUUCUUGUUAGUAUCUCGAUAACAGAUAUGAAUGACAACCCUCCAGUUUUUAACCAGUUAAUAUAUGAAUCAUAUGUGAGUGAACUGGCACCUCGCGGUCAUUUUGUGACUUGUGUCCAAGCUUCUGAUGCUGACAGCUCUGAUUUUGACAGACUGGAGUAUAGCAUCCUAUCAGGAAAUGAUCGGACCAGUUUUAUUAUGGACAGCAAGAGUGGUGUUAUCACCCUUUCCAACCAUCGCAAACAGAGAAUGGAGCCCAUGUACAGCCUAAAUGUCUCUGUGUCAGAUGGGCUGUUCACCAGCACAGCUCAGGUGCACAUUCAGAUACUUGGGGCCAACCUCUACAGCCCUGUGUUUUCGCAGAGUGUUUAUGUUGCAGAGGUUAGAGAAAAUGCUGCUCCUGGAACUAAGGUAAUCCAUGUGAAGGCAACAGAUGGGGAUUCAGGUGUAUAUGGCCAGAUCAGCUACUCCAUAAUAAAUGACUUUGCCAAGGACCGAUUUUUGAUUGAUAGCAACGGGCAGAUUCUGACAACUGAGAGGUUAGACCGUGAGAGCCCACUGGAAAGUGAUAUCGGUAUAUUUUUGAGAGCCCUUGACGGAGGUGGCAGGACUACGUUUUGCACUGUGAGAGUGAUAGUAGUGGAUGAGAAUGACAAUGCUCCUCAAUUUAUGAUGGUCGAAUACAGAGCAAGUGUCAAAGCAGAUGUUGGGAAAGGUCACUUGGUGACCCAAGUACAGGCAGUAGAUCCAGAUGAUGGAGCCAAUUCCAGAAUUACCUAUUCUCUCUAUAGUGAAGCCUCCGUUUCGGUAGCUGAUCUGCUUGAAAUAGAUCCAGAUAAUGGAUGGAUGGUCACCAAGGGUAGCUUUAAUCAGCUUAAAAGCACAGUUUUGUCAUUCUUUGUCAAAGCAGUUGAUGGUGGCAUUCCUGUAAAGCAUUCCCUCAUUCCUGUCUACAUCCAUGUUUUACCCCCAGAAACUAUUUUGCCUUCCUUUUCUCAACCCCAGUAUUCUUUUACCAUAGCAGAAGAUACCCUCAUCGGUAGCACUAUUGACAUUCUGCACGUGUUGCCCAAUCAGGGUGCUUUGUAUAGCACAGUUAAUGGUGAGCUACCUGAAAACAACAAAGACGGAGUUUUCAUCAUAGAGCAAGACACAGGGCUCAUAAAAUUGGAUAAGAGACUUGACCACGAAAUAAAUCCUGCUUUUCACUUCAAAGUUGCAGCCACGAUUCAGUUAGAUAAAGUAGACAUUGUGUUGACUGUGGAUGUGGAGGUGAAGGUGUUGGAUGUAAACGACAACAAGCCUGUGUUUGAAACAGCUAGCUAUGAUGCUAUAAUAAUGGAAGGGAUGCCUAUAGGAACAAAACUUAUGCAAGUUAAAGCAGUCGAUGCAGACUCGAGUGCAAAUGGGCAGGUCACCUAUACACUUGCGGUGGACUCGGAGCUGGAGAAGAUCACAGAAGCAUUCACCAUUGAUAGCAACAGUGGCUGGAUCAGUACACUGAAGGAUCUGGACCAUGAAAAAGAUUCUGCUUUCACCUUUGCAGUGGUGGCCUCAGAUCUGGGGGAAGCUUUGUCCUUAUCUUCAACCACCUUGGUCUCAGUUACUGUGACAGAUAUAAAUGAUAACGCACCUGUCUUUGAGCACGAGGUGUACCGAGGGUCAGUGAAGGAGAGUGACCCUCCAGGGGAAGUUGUGGCUGUUCUUAGCACCUGGGAUGAAGACACAUCUGAUGUCAAUCGGCAGGUUAGCUACCAUAUUACAGGAGGGAAUCCCAAAGGGAAGUUUGCUCUGGGACUGGUUCAGAAUGAGUGGAAGGUUUAUGUUAAAAGGCCUCUAGAUCGGGAAGAGCAAGACAUUUAUUAUCUGAACAUCACUGCCACAGAUGGCCUCUUUGUAACCCAAGCUGCUGUGGAAGUGAGCGUCACUGAUGUUAAUGACAAUAAUCCAGUUUGUGAACAGGUUGCAUACACAGCACUGUUUCCUGAAGACAUUCCAUCAAACAAAGUCAUUCUUAAAAUCAGUGCUAAAGAUGCUGACAUCGGGUCCAAUGGUGAAAUUCGCUAUUCUCUUUAUGGUGCUGGGAACAAUAAAUUUUUCUUAGAUCCAGAAAAUGGUGAGCUGAAAUCUUUGGCCCCUCUUGACCGAGAGAAAAUCCCUGCAUACAACUUGGUUGCCCGAGCCACUGAUGGUGGUGGCAGGUUUUGCCAAUCAGAAAUCCAUCUUAUUUUAGAAGAUGUUAAUGAUAAUCCACCAGUGUUUUCAUCUGAUCACUACACUGCGUGUGUCUACGAGAAUACAGCCACUAAAGCUUUGUUAACAAGAGUCCAAGCCACUGAUCCUGAUGUCGGCGUGAACAGAAAGGUCAGCUAUUCCCUGGCAGACUCUGCAGAUGGUUACUUCUCAGUUGACCAGUCAUCAGGAAUCAUUAUUUUGGAGCAUCCUCUUGAUAGAGAGCUUCAGUCUUCCUAUAACAUCACUGUAAAGGCCUCAGAUCAGAGCAUUGUGCUGACCUUGUCCUCAUUUGCCACCGUGACCAUUACAGUGCUAGACAUUAACGACAACCCCCCUGUGUUUGAAAGAAGAGAUUAUCUUGUUACAGUACCUGAGGACACCUCACCUGGCACUGAAGUCCUGUCUGUUUUUGCUACAAGCCAAGACAUUGGUACUAAUGCUGAAAUUGCCUAUCUCAUCAGAUCGGGGAAUGAGAAAGGGAAGUUCAGGAUUAACUCGAAAACAGGAGUGAUUUCCAUUUUUGAAGCUUUGGAUUUUGAAUCCUGUAAGGAUUUCUACUUAGUAGUGGAAGCAAAAGAUGGAGGUACUCCAGCCCUGAGUGCCGUUACAACUGUAAACAUAAACGUGACAGAUGUCAAUGACAACGCUCCAAAAUUCAGCCAGGAGGUCUACAGUGCAGUCAUCAGCGAGGAUGCAGCCGUCGGGGACUCGGUGAUAUUGUUGAUAGCAGAAGAUCUGGACAGUCCUCCCAAUGGCCAGAUUCAUUUUUCCAUAGUGAAUGGGGAUCAAGACAAUGAAUUUUCUGUUGAUCCUGUUUUGGGACUCGUGAAGGUUAAAAAGAAACUGGAUAGAGAAAGGAUAUCUGGCUAUUCAUUAGUUAUCCAAGCAAGAGACAGUGGCACCCCUCCUUUGUCUUCAUCUGUGACGGUCAAUGUGGACAUUUCUGAUGUGAACGAUAACAGCCCUGUAUUUACUCCAGCUAACUACACAGCUGUAAUUCAAGAAAAUAAACCAGUGGGCACAAGCAUUUUGCAGCUGGUAGUGACAGACAAAGACUCUUUUCACAAUGGCCCCCCUUUUACCUUCACCAUCCUCACUGGCAAUGAAGAAGAGGAGUUUACACUGGACCCUCACGGCGUUUUAAGGUCUGCAGUCAUCUUCAAGCACAUGGUCUCAACUGAAUAUGUGCUCUGCGUGCAGGCAAAGGACUCUGGGAAGCCCCAGCAGGUUUCCCACACCUACGUUCAGGUGAGGGUUAUUGAAGAAAGCAUUCACAAACCAACUGCCAUUCCACUGGAGAUUUUCAUUGUCACCAUGGAAGAUGAUUUUCCUGGGGGAGUCAUUGGGAAAAUCCAUGCCACAGAUCAGGAUGUGUAUGAUGUCCUCACAUACACACUAAAAUCAGAGCAGAAAAGUUUGUUCAAGGUCAACAGCCAUGAUGGGAAGAUCAUUGCCCUCGGAGGGCUCGAUAACGGCAAGUAUAUCCUAAAUGUCUCUGUCAGCGAUGGCCGUUUCCAGGUACCCAUCGAUGUUGUGGUCCAUGUGGAGCAAUUGCUACAAGAAAUGCUGCAGAACACAGUCACCAUUCGUUUCGAGAACGUUUCCCCGGAAGACUUCGUGGGCCUUCACAUGCAUGGGUUCAGGCGUACCUUGCGAAACGCGGUGCUCUCCCAAAAACAAGACAGCCUACACAUCAUCAGCAUUCAGCCAGUGGCAGGCAGCAAUCAGCUUGACAUGCUGUUUGCAGUUCAGAUACACAGUGGUGGUUUCUAUAAGCCUGCCUAUUUGAUUCAGAAGCUUACCAAUGCGAGGAGACACUUGGAAAAUGUGAUUCGUAUUUCUGCUAUCUUGGAGAAGAAUUGCUCUGGACUGGAUUGUCACGAACAACACUGUGAGCAAAGUCUGUCCAUUGAUUCACAUUCCCUGAUGACCUAUAGCACGGCACGAAUUAGUUUUGUGUGUCCCCGCUUUUACAGGAAUGUGCGCUGCAUGUGCAAUGGAGGACUCUGUCCAGGGUCCAACGACCCCUGUCUGGAGAAACCGUGUCCAGGGGACAUGCAGUGUGUGGGAUAUGAAGCUAAUCGGAGACCGUUCAUCUGCCAGUGCCCACCAGGAAAGCUGGGAGAAUGUUCAGGCCACACUUCCCUUAGCUUUGCUGGGAAUAGCUACAUUAAAUACCGGGUGUCUGAAAAUAGCAAGAAAGAGGAAUUCAAGUUGGCUCUCCGUCUGCGAACCCUGCAAAGCAAUGGGAUUAUUAUGUAUACCAGAGCGAAUCCCUGUAUAAUUCUGAAGAUUGUCGAUGGCAAACUCUGGUUCCAGUUGGAUUGUGGAAGUGGCCCAGGAAUCCUGGGAAUUUCUGGCAGGGCUGUUAAUGAUGGAAGCUGGCAUUCAGUCUUCCUGGAGCUGAAUCGCAAUUUCACGAGUUUGUCCCUGGAUGACAGCUACGUGGAACGCCGCAAAGCCCCCCUCUAUUUUCAGACUCUCAGCACAGAUAGCUCCGUCUACUUCGGCGCCCAGGUCCAAGUGGAUAAUGUCCGCAGCCUGACUGACAAGAGGACAACGCAGGUCUUGAGUGGCUUUCAGGGCUGCCUGGAUUCAGUUGUCCUAAAUAACAAUGAACUGCCACUCCAGAACAAGCGCAGCAGCUUCGCAGAAGUGGUUGGCCUGACGGAAUUGAAGCUCGGCUGCGUCCUUUAUCCCGAUGCCUGCGAGAGACAUCCCUGCCAGAACGGAGGCACCUGUACUGCUGUGCCAUCUGGUGGGUACCAUUGCAACUGCCUCUCCCAGUUUACAGGAAGGAACUGUGAGUCAGAGAUCACAGCCUGCUUCCCAAAUCCCUGCCGGAACGGAGGCUCAUGCGAUCCCAUUGGCAACGCUUUCAUCUGCAACUGCAAAAACGGCCUGACGGGAGUAACGUGUGAAGAAGACAUCAACGAAUGUGAAAGAGAAGAAUGUGAAAAUGGUGGCUCCUGUGUCAACAUAUUUGGUUCAUUUCUGUGUAACUGCACCCCUGGCUAUGUGGGUCAAUACUGUGGUCUUCGCCCUGUGGUGGUUCCCAAUAUACAAGCUGGGCAUUCGUACGUUGGCAAGGAGGAGCUGAUAGGAAUAGCCGUGGUCCUGUUUGUCAUAUUUGUGUUGAUCGUCCUUUUUAUCAUUUUUCGCAAGAAGGUUUUCAGGAAGAACUAUUCCCGCAACAACAUCACACUUGUACAGGAUCCGGCUACUGCAGCCCUGCUCAACAAGAGCAAUGGCAUCCAGUUCAAGAACAUCAGGAACAGUGGAGACAGCAGAAAUAUCUACCAAGAGGUUGGACCUCCACAGGUCCCAGUGAGGCCAAUGGCCUAUACCCCAUGCUUCCAGAGUGACUCACGGAAUAACCUGGACAAGAUAGUGGAUGGGCUUGGCGUAGAGCACCAGGAGAUGACGACGUUUCAUCCUGAGUCCCCUCGAAUACUGACAGCCAGGAGGGGGGUGGUGGUGUGCAGCGUAGCUCCAAACUUGCCUGCCGUGUCUCCCUGUCGCUCUGACUGUGACUCUAUCAGGAAGAGCACAUGGGAGGCUGGGACAGAAAGUAAAGGGGUUGAUGACGCUGAAGAAGUGACCUGUUUUUCAGGAAGUAAUAAAGGCAGCAACUCCGAAGUACAGUCCCUCAGCUCCUUCCAGUCUGAUUCCGGUGAUGAUAAUGCUUCCAUAGUGACUGUCAUACAGCUUGUCAACAAUGUAGUUGACACUAUAGAAAAUGAAGUGUCUGUUAUGGAUCAAGGACAGAACUACAACAGAGCGUAUCAUUGGGAUACCUCUGACUGGAUGCCAAGUGCUCGCUUGUCCGACAUUGAGGAAGUGCCCAAUUUUGAGACAACAGAUGGAGGCUCGGCUCAUCACGGCAGUACCAGAGAACUGGAAACAGAUUACUAUCUUGGUGGCUACGACAUUGACAGUGACUACCCUCCCCCUCACGAAGAGGAGUUUUUAAGCCAGGACCAGUUACCACCCCCUCUUCCAGAGGAUUAUCCAGACCAAUAUGAAACCCUCCCACCCUCACAGCCAGUCUCAAUGGCGAGUACUCUCAGCCCCGACUGCAGGAGACGGCCGCACUUCCACCCUAGCCAAUACCUCCCUCCUCACCAGUUCCCCAAUGAGACGGACACCACGGGGUCUCAAGCUGGGAACGAAUUUAGUACUUUUGCUGUUGGUCCGAGCCAGAACACAGAAAACGUUAGUGCAGGUAAGAUGCCUUUAUCCUUGCACAACUCUCUAGAUGCCUCCUCCUCUGAUGUCUCGGCCAGCUGCGGCUUUGAUGACUCCGAAGUAGCCAUGAGUGACUUUGAAAGCGUGGAGGAACUCAACUUAGAAAAUGUUCACAUUCCAUUUGUGGAGACCCAGCAUCAGACACAAGUGUAAAGGAAGCUCCUUUCUUCUUCUUCCUCCUCUUCUUUUUUUAAUUUUGUCAUUUGGUCCAAUUAAUAGUAUAAAUAUUGAGAAGAAAAUAUGCUGGAGGUGUGUCUAUAUAUAUUGGGCAAGGCAAAAAUACAGUAUAACUCCUUGUUAACUUGUUCAGAAAUGAUACUGUAUGUGCAGACACGAAGAGACCAAUUGUGUUAAGUAUUAUACAUCACAAAAUUGUUACAGACAAUCUGGAGAGUGUGUACCUGUAUUUAUUACCAAGAGUAAAACUCAGCAUUUGAGGCAGGGGGAAACAAUAAUUGCUAAAUAAUUUCUUUCUCUCUCCUAAAGUUUGAUUUUUUUAUUUUCAUUGUGUUAUUAAAAGUGUUACAGUGUUAUAAUCUCCCUACAUUAAUAAGGAACUGGUAUGGAUCAUUCCGAGAUUCACUGCUGCGUGAAACUUUAUGUCAGCAAAGAGUGAAAGCAAGUGAUUGCUGAGGCAGAUGUGUACAGCUUUUCAGAUGGCUGAAAAAAAGCAACAUUUACAAAUUGUCCUGUCAAAAGACAAGUAAUCAGUUACUUGUUCAUAAAUAUUUAUCUAUACUUUUGUUUGUUACAUAGCAUUUCAUUCUACUUUGUGUACAUGUAGAGCAACAUACAUACAGUUUAUAUUUACUCCAAAUUGGUCUACUUUGGUUGCCAUCUUUUUAAAACCUGAUGUCAGGUGUGUGUGCAUAGCUUCACCUGUGAGAACUUCUAGAAGUGUCAGAGUUUGGCUCAGGAGUAGCUUGGUUUUGCCCCAGCUGCAUAUGCACAGCCUCCCUUGACUUCUGUAUGCAAUGUGAACAUGCAUCUGAAAACACAGGGAAACCUAACUAACUACACAUAGCUGAUUUAUUUUUUUUUUUAAUUUCUUGCUUAGGCAAUCACCUCUUUAACAGCAGUCAUUAUGCUACACUUACUGCAGUAAAAUCAGUUGCAAUUAAGUUGCAAAACCUCAAAUUGUUAGCUUAACUUCACUUGGCAAAUGUCCAUCCCUAGAGUUUACCGGAUGAGCUCUCAGCUACUAUAAACUGACUCAGGCAGUGGAACUGCGUGGAUGGACUGUGGCCAAAGAUCUGGCCCUAGAUUUUCCACUGGAUUCAUGAUUUGACAGCUUCCAAAGGUUGUUUGCAGACUUCAGAAUAUUGUUGUGGGAUCAAGAACGGGAUGUCAUCUGUAUGCUUUUAUGCUUUCUUCAGCCUGGUUGGAGUAAAUGGCCAUUCACACUGAUUUAGCCUGAGCAGCAAAGUGCAAUAUGGAAAUAUGGGAUUUUCAGUCAGUGUAGUAAAGCAGAAUAUGCAUACCUGUUGCUCAGUGCUCUGAAAAAUGUUUUUACCCCUGCAAUUUACAGCAUCUAUAUUUGUUACCAGUGAAUGUGUGUCUACAAGUCUGCAUUACUACUGGGUUUUUCCAUUCCUUCCAUGGCAUAAUUCUGUCAUUCUGAAAAGUUAUUGAAUACCUAAAUCAUUGUGGUACAUGAAUAGAUUCAGUAACAGGUUUCCUAUGCUGCUUUCCAUGUCCUGUCUCUUGGUCAGUCAUCUGAACUGGAUAGUUUCAGUAGUUGUAUUCCAGGGCAUGUUUUUGACUGACUUGAGUUUCUCCCAAGAUUAAAUUGUGGGCCAUUUCUUGACAUACAGGAAGCAUUUAUUCAGAAAUUGUCCCAAAUACAAAGAAAUUAUUCAUAGAAUUUCAUUUAAAUAAUUGCAGCUUGUAACACUUUUAAUAAAACAGGAUUUCUAAAAUUCUUGGAGUAGGUACAGUGUGUUGCUGCUUCCCUCCAAUAGCUCAUGUAAAUAUCGAAAACUGGAGUAGAUAUUUUCUUUGAGAUGAUGCAGCAAUUCCUCAGUAGAAAACAGCUCAUUAUACAGAUACAUGAAUAAAUUGAGUGAACUUCCAGAAAGAAUGUACUGCACAUACAGGUAUUAUCGAGUAUUCGUCUGCAAAUAGGUCCCGUCCAUUGAAUUUAUGAAUGUCACUUGGUCUUCUCAAAGUAAACAUGCUUCUGUAAUGGUGAUAUAUUCUGAAUGUGCUCAUGGUGCGUUUCAACCCCUUUUUCCCUGCUAAUAUUCCUGUGAUUUUAAGAGGAAAAAAAUAUGGAAAUUUGUAUUGUGAUUGCAAAGAACUGAGGGAUUUGCCAAAAAAGCCAUAAAAUGGUUUGGCAAGCCUAGAGGCAUGGAUAGAAAAUAAGUCUUAUUGUUCAUGAAGUCUAUGUUACAGGAAAGGAAAUGCAAUUAGACUGAUGUCUCUUCAAGAGUAGGAACAUCAGAGUUUGCAAAACAAAGCUGCAAAUUUAGCUGCACUUUUAAAGCUUGUAUGACUUUCUGAGAAAUGUGAUGCUCUCUUAGCAUUGGGCUGCAGUUUACAUGAGGUAUGCUCCUACUCAGUUUUGGUUUGAGACAUUUUUAUCCAUUAUGCAAUUAAAUCUGUUUGAGCCCCCAGAUAGUUAUUAGGUGUACUUGUCAUCUGUCUUCUGUAGUGAAAAUUCUUGCGUAAGCCUGAGACACCUAUAUCAAGCCUUUACUUGGACAUAUCAAAAAUGUCACGAGGGAGAACACCAUGGGAGCCUAGUUACCAUACAGAAAAAAAAAAAUCAAUGUUUCUUACCAAGCUUGUUGCCUCAGUAAUAUAUUGUUGGUAGUGAGUUUUACUGGUAAAAUAUGCAUAAAUGCAAUGUAAAGUACUUUUUCUGUUUGAUGUUGUUGCCAUUUCAUUUCACUGAAUGCCUACUUAUUAAAGUGCUGUUGGGAAGGUGCCAGUGAUCACCCAUUCAGCCUUCUCUGUCCUACUCAUGAUUUCUAUACCUCAGUAUCUCCUCCCCUCCAAAUCCAUCUUUAAACAGAUUCCCUUCUGUGAAUAUGGUACUUCCAUGGCCUUUCUGGUUUUGUUCAAGCUCUUUUUGAUAAGACCCAAACACAGAUCUAAAGGUGAAAUACCUCUUAGGGAGUCAGAUUUUCAUAUUAACAACUCUUGUUAAACCAAACCAUUUUAUUGUCUUUUUAAUUACUGAUCCACAUGUACAAGUCACAAUCUUCUAAUCUGGAAGAUAACAACGCAUUCAUAACCUAAUGUCAGAAUUAUUGUUCAUAUUAGUCCACCCAAUAUAUAUUUCUUUUCUCUGCCAUAUGGUGAUUUUUGUAUUGCUGCUGCUGUCAUUGCCAAGUCCCUGGUUCUGCGAAAGCUCCCCUCACAUCUCUGCUUAUCCUGUGUGUCUGUAUUUCAAACUACAUCCCUGUAGAUGGCUCCACUACACGGUAUUUUCUCUCAGAAUCAUCUGUAGCAGAUGAUUUCACAGGUUUAAUAAAGUACUUUUGAAUAUCAUUGGGUUAUAACUCCUAGAAUUGAGGAAGUCUUUGCUUUUUGUAAAGAAACAGCAAAAGAAAAAAGCAGCUUGUUAAAAUGCAAAUACUCACUUGGAUCAGAAAUCACUGACUUUGCUAGGGGUGUAUGAGGCUGAGGAAAAAGGGUACUUGUUCUCCUCAUUUUGAUCAGGUUGAGAGCGUCAUGCACACUGAUAACCCUUUUGAUAACUCUGGCAACAGAAAGAGGCAGACAACAUGAUUUAUGCUGCCAGUACCACAUUAAGUGGCUUUGUGCAAAAGGAAAAAUUAGGCUUAGGUACCUUUCUUAAAUAUGUUAAUUAUUUUGCCUUUGUAUUACAAACAUUCCAAAAAAAAAAAAAAAAAAAAGGGGGAGGGGGCAAAAAGUUCUCCACAAAACCAUAGAUAGUGGAUGUUGUUGCUGUCCUGGGCCAGUAUCUUAUAGCAGAGUAAAGGGCCAAAUGUGACCCUGAGGAGUGCAGAAUCACUUCCCUCUCAUGGGAGGAAAUGGACAACCCCACUAGAAGACCACCAUAAAGUUGUCUUCCUAUAGGACCCUCCUAUAGGACACAAUGUAUGAAGGCAACCAGGAGAAUUUUGGAAUGCAGAGAUUCACUACAGAAUUGUGAUUUUUCUGUCUAUCAAGCUGUUUUCCUUAAGCUCAGUGCCAUCUUUGAUUCUGAACUAUCCCAUGGGUUUCCUUAAUUGCAGUAAAAGGCUGUAAGGAGUCAAAAGCUUCUCACUGCCACUGUUUUGCUGAAUCAGAAAGCUGUGUGCUUCAUCUCUCAAGCAGGGUCCCACCCUCUGCAUGUCACACAAAGAACCUAAAUUCUGGUCCUCGGAAAUUUUUCUCCUGUUCUCUAAAUUCUCUGGUGUAGUGUGAAAAAGUGAUAGCCUUGAUCUAUUGGUACCUCCAGAAACUCAGAGUGGGUGCAGCACAGUGAAAAAAGUGGUUGCUCUUGGCUCAUAUAAAUUGCAUUUUAAAGAGAAAUGUGGGCUGGACAACAAAAGUGGUUAAGAACACAGCUCUACUCCUCAUCAAGCUCCUGCUUGAAAAAACUAAAUGAAUGCUAUUAGUAUAUUCUUAUAGCCCAUAAUAAUUGCGGUCAUGGGAGAGGGAGUUGAAGGUGCCCUCGACCAGUUCUGCAAAGCUUCCUUUGAAAACGAAGCACCCUUAAUAAUGGAGGAAACCAGCUCUUUAAAACUGUAAAAACUACUGCUGAAAGUACACCUGUGCUUUGUUGGUAAUGUUUGGAGCUAUUCACUGAGUAACAAUGGACACUUCAUCGGUUUCCAAGAAGAGAGCUACAUCUUCAGGUUCAUUCCCUGAUGGUUUGCCGUCAUUUACCAUGCAGUAAAACUGUGCUUUUUUGCCUGUUUGCAUCUCUGCUCCUCUCAAUAUGCCAAACUGUGAUUUGAGCCUUAGAAAUUUAGACCAUUGGCCAUUACCCAUGGAUUUUAACCUGUGUUUCAUAACUUGACAUUUAACAUCUCCAUUAUGAGAAGGGCCAUUCAGUUAGUAAUUUAGCUGCAUCAUUCAAGGGAUGGGUGGAUGGGGAGGAAAUGAAAUUAAAUUUCAUUUCUGUGUGUAAUAAUGAAAAGCAAUAAUUGCAAAUAUGUCGUAUUACACAAAGGCCAUAAGUAAUCUUUACCAGUGUUAAGAGUGCAUUUGAACUGUACAGAAAGAGAUUGGAGCCCUCAGAACUGUAGCAUUCUUUUGUCAUAGGAAUACCUGAAACAAUAUUAUUUAACAAUGCAAUGAGCCCAAACUGCCGCUUUUCAGGAGAUGACAAAGAUGUUUAGGAGUGAAAGCAGUUCUCUUUAAAGCACUGUAUUGGAAAAGAUUGUCUUGUAAAUUUUACCUGUCGCAAUCAGGCUGGUUUGUAAAAGAUGUAUGUUUUGGUGUUUAAAAAGAAGUUUAUAAAAUAAUGUAUAUAACGGUUUCAAGUUACCAGGCUUUUGUAGAUAUUUGAUGCCAAUCAGGUCGCUUUAAUUUUUUUGUUGUUUAUUUGUUUGUUUAAUUCUAAAGAGUCAUCAAAGUUGGUUUAAAUUUUAAGAUAACAGCAGAAAACAAAAACAAAAAAGUUUUAGAUCUGAAAACUUUUUAAUCAUUUCAAAGUGUACUGUAACUUUCCUUUGGGUUCAGCUCUUUUUGUUUAACUUCUUUCUGUUUCUAAGAUGUUUUUUAUUGACUUUUUUUAAAUGAAUGUGUUUUGCACAAAAAAACCUAGAGAUAUGAUUUUUAUUCCAUUCCAAGUAGGUAUUAAGAGAUGUCAUUUUUCCAAUGACAACACACUCAACCUUAUGCAAAAGGGAAGGUUUAUCACUUGAGUGGGUAUAGUUCUUCAUCUGAAAACUAAUUGUUUCUUCAUCAUUGCUGUUGGCAGUAUUGUCUUGUGUUCUUUUGCUAUAAAAACAAAACAACAACAACAAAAAAAGUGUACAGGUUUGUAACUGCCAAAAUUUGCUAAAGUUGAUGGUUAAAACAAGUUUUCCAAGUAAACAAAAAGAAAAGCC